GUUUUGGUAGAAACUGCGCCUCCCAUUCAUUAUAAUGGGAAAUGACCACAGACAAGUGCGCACACCAUCUUUGGACCUUGAGUGUGACGCGAUCGGGAGGGGGAGGCGGUCGCGCUGGGGGCGGCGCAACGCGGCUCGGGCCCGACAGUGCCCCACCGGGGUCCUAGUCUUAGUUUAUUCCUCUGUUACAUAGCCCGCGUCGAUUUAGCUGAAGUGAGUAAUUCGCUUGGGGACGUCGUUAAGGUACAUGUACUUUGCUUUAAAUGGGUAUUAAAGGUAUUUUGCUGAUGUUACAGCACGGAAAGUGACUGUUAAGCUAAGCUGCUAAUGUAAACACAGUAUAUACUCCAAAUUUUCACUGCAUAUUUUUCUGUAGAAGUAGUUUUCCUUGAAGCUUUUGUAACUGCACCAUCUUUGAAUAACUAAAUAAUUGUUGGAUACCAAAACGCAUGCUUCUUUAUCGAAGUAAAUCUGUGCCAUCUGAUUUUGAAUUUAAAUUUCUAAAGCUGAAUUUUUUCGCAUCAAAAUCAGACUUUGAAUUUCAAAACUAUUAAAUUUCAAGCAUGCAUUUUUAUUUCUGACGUUUUUUUUCACAAUGAUGAUAUGAAUUCAGUGUAAAAAAAAUCAGUCUCUCAAAAAAAAAUGUUGAGUAAAAAUUUGACUUAAAAAAACGUGUAAAAAAAAUUCAGUGUCAAAAAAUUUAGUGUAAAACAGACUGACUCAACAUCCAGGUAACCAGGGAGAGCAAUCGAUUCCUGGCUCAAUCAUUCAUCGUCCAGCCAAUCAAUUAAAGCUAGAUUGGUCAUGUGGCACCGACCCCAGUGGAAGAUUGAGAAAUCGAUUGCUUCUCCCUGAUUACGUGGCUGUUGAGUCAGUUUGUUUUACACAAAAUUUUUUGACACUGAAAAAUUUUUUAUGUUGAAUUUUUUUUUACACAGUUUUAUUUUAGGUCGAAUUUUUACUACACGAAUAAUUUGAGAGACUGAUUUUUUUUUAAACCUGAUUUAUUAUCAUUGUGGAAAAAAAAUAAUGCGUGCUUUGAAAUUCAAAGUCUGAUUUUGAUGCAAAAAAAAUUCAUUAGAUAACUGUCAGCAUUGUGAACUCAUCCUCUUAACAUUCUUUCUCCCUUUUUAUGUUAUAGUUCAGUUAAAAGAAAAACUGGCUCGACUUUGCUGUUUUAUGAGUAUAACCAAACAUUUAUGUUUUAGGGUUUUUCAUCAAUCUGCCCUCAGCCAUGCCAUAUCUUAAAACAGCUGCAAAAAAACAGACACGAUCAUCAUUGUUGGAUAUCAAGUCACAGAAGUGUGGACUACGGCACACUGUGUUCUUUGUGAAUGGAAAUGAAUAUACAGGAGAGUGGAAAGACAACCAGAAGCAUGGUGAGAAGCUUCUUCCACCACAACUUCUUUGGUCACCUAGUUAUAACAUGUGAAGUACUUGCUAUGUAAUAGAUGACAUUUACACUUUUAAUGUGUCUUUUAGGAAAGGGAACUCAGGUUUGGAAGGAGUCUGGAAUGAUUUAUGAUGGAGAGUGGAAAUUCGGAAAACGUGAUGGAUAUGGUACCUACAGUGUGCUUCUCCCUCAAAGGAAGGAGUACUUGAGAAAGUACUGUGGGGAAUGGAAGAAUGGAAAGAAGCAUGUAUUGAAAUACUAUUAUUUAUAUACACUGUAACAUGAAUAAUGCCUGUUGUCUGAGCUUACAUUGCCUGUGUCAUAUAUCUCUAAUCAUUACCUUUCUCUCUAGGGGUAUGGGACAUACUUCUUCAGUCACUCAUCAGUUUAUGAGGGGGAGUGGAGUGAGGACGAACGGAGUGGCUGGGGAAGAAUGUUCUAUGAGAAUGGAGACAUCUAUGAGGGAGAGUGGAUGAAGGAUAAGAAUCAUGGAAAAGGCAUCAUUCGAUUUUGUAAGCAGACUUAGCUCUCAUACAUUUACAGUUAAAACGGAUUGAAAAUUCAGUGUGACAAUGUUUGUAGAUGUAACAUUUGACUUUUCUCCUUUCUUCAGUGAAUGGAAACUGGUAUGAAGGCACCUGGAAAAAUGGCUUGAAAAAUGGAAACGGGAAAUUCUAUCAUUCUGACAAAGGUCAACUUUAUGAAGGUUUUUGGGUGGAUGGGGUUGCAAAAUGUGGAACUCUGUCUGAUUUUGGAAGAGAUGACGCACCAGCACCGACAAGAUACCCAAUCCCACAGGUACAACAUUUUCAUUAUGACACAGUCACAGAUCCGUGUACAAUUCAGCCCUUGUGUGACAAAUCAAAUAAACAUGAGUAAUAAAGCUCUUUCUCUUGGCAUAACUGUGAAGAAAUGAAGCUUUUCUUUGUUUUUCAAGGUUCAACUGGUCGACAUGCAAUUGGUUAUAAGGGAAGCCCAGUCAGCCUACCUUGACCAGAGUUGAAGAGGGACAAGAGGAAGACCGAUAACAAGUUUCCACUCUGCCGUACAUUUACUGACAAAUAAUAAAAUUGGCAUAAUU